UUUGCUACCCAAAGUUCGGUCUCCUUAUUCUACUUCCUGGCACAUACAUACAAUACGCCCGGCAGCGCUUGUCAUUCGUGUUCGUCACCGCCCGUUCUUGCCGCUAAUUUCAGCGUGUGUGAUUUCAGUUUACAGUGUCGAGGUUUGAAAAAGCCUGGAGGUGUGAGCGAGUGAUUUGAACUUUUGCAGUUUUACGUUGGCCGACAAUGCGAUUUGAUUGCGUUGGUCGGCAACACGUAGUUUGAUAGUAGCAAUAGAACAUCUUUUUGAUUUAGGUGCACAAUUGUGACACGCAUUUUCACAAACGAAAGCGACAGAAAAAGAAACAGAGAAAAAGAGAGAGAGAGAAAGAGUGAGUGCGUGAGCGAGCGAGCGAGCGAGCGAGCGAGCGAGUGAGAGACGAACGAGAGACGGAGCAUGCGACCGCGCCUCUGCGACGUUACUCGGCGUGUCGAUGAGAAUGGGAAGUGCGCCGCCGCCGCCGCUGCCGACGACGACGAGGACGAGGAACGAAAGUGAGUCAGGGAUAACAUCGUUGCGGUACGUCGUACGGCGCUGCAUCAUCAUUGCAUAGGAAUGGUAUCGCCAUCCAAGCAUCAAUAUCAGCAGCAACAGCAACUCAGACAACCAUCGAGAGAGAACAAGUUUGAUCCGCGACGAACGCCAGAUAUUCGUAUACGAAAGGGCCCGCAACCUCUGGAAGACAAGUCGUUCUAUUUGGACAUAAAGAACCAUGCCGUCGCGACCAAGCUAGAGGCACAGAUCAGGGAGUUGGGUGGUGUGGUUGAAUUGUUUUUAGUACGCAGUGUGAAUCUUGUAGCCAGUGAUAGAAUAGAUAAGGCAGGUCAUACAAACUUGGAGAAACAUAGAUGGGCUUACGUCAGUGGUGGCAGUGGAGGACCCCGUUCACUGAAAAGCAUUGAAGUACCAACUCCUACACCCCCAACACCAUUGCUAAGUUCUGAAUGCCCCUCGUCCAAUUCUACUCUGCGGGGUCAAACUACCCAAAGAUCUAAAUCGCGGGUGGAUGCAAUGUUGGAACGUGCUCUGACACAACCACAACAGUGUUCCGUGGAUCCACUAAACAACGCCCACACUUGGAAAAUUCCUAUUUGGACGACAGAUAAAUUUCAGGCUUGGCUUGACAAGAUCUAUGAAUCUGUUAAGAAUAAUUCUAACUUAAAGCAAAACAAUCAGCAUAGCUUGACGAGAGUCAAGCUUUUGAAAAGACCAUACGUAAAAUUUGACUCUAUUUACAGAACUACCAGGCCUGUAUUUCUGGAAUUAUCGUCGUGGCCCACGUUAAAUUUCGACGGUGAUCCUGGUUCGUGUCCUUUUGACACAAAGAAGCAGGAAACGAGAGAAAACAAAUUGACAAACAAAGAGGUCAAAGAGAAUAAGAGGAAUAUUGAAUCUAUAAAUAAGGCGGAGGGUAAAGAAAUGACUCGAAGACCUCGUGCCACCGCUGCACGUACUCGCAGAACGGAACAAUUAGUCUCUGGCUAUUGCGAACUUUGUCGUAUUCAAUAUAACGAUUUAACGAAGCAUGUGCAAAGUGAGCAGCAUCUGAAUUUUGUGGGGAAUGAUGACAAUUUUUUGUCAUUGGACACGUUAAUCAAUGCAGGCGCCAAUGUGGAAGCGUUCUUAAAAUUAAAUAGAACAAAGGAUAUCGAGAAAGGCUGCGACUUAUUCCCCAAUGGAAAUGGCAAUCUUCAUAACAUAGUGCUGCCCGAGGAGAAAGUUAACAAGAACACCAAGACUUUAAGUAACUUCACUGUUGACGAAAUAAAAAUGGUAAAUGGUGCACGCAGGAACCUUAAUUUAAAGUUAAGCUCACCGCAUAAUCUACGUACUCGUACAAAACACGAAAGUGGACAUCUCCUCAGGUCUAAGGGCAGUCCAUGGCACGAGGUUGACAAGAAUGAGAAAUUGUAUGAUAAAUUAGAAGGUUUUACCAUCAAAAAGCGUUCAAAAGGUACUAUCUGGAUCGAAGAAGAUGAGCCGGACGAGAAGUAUACAGAAGAUAUCUUGAACGAUUCUAAGCAGGAAGACUACAAAAUCAAACCGUUCUCAAACAAUAUCGAAUUUUAUAACAGUAAGGAAGAUAAUAUCAAUAAUAAACACAGUAAUCUGGAUCCACCAAAAUUGCAAUCGGUGAUCGUACAUAGAAAUGCGCAAAACGGUAUUAUAAAUUCGCAUCAUGUAUCGGAGGAUCCAGAUUAUUUCAAUAGCAAAAAUAAAUGUAACGGUGAUGAAAAUGCGGGCGUUUUGGAGUGUAGAAUAAAAGAGAUUAUAGUCGAUAGUAAUUACGUUGUUGGAAGUUGCAAAGACGAUCCAUUUCAGAGAGACAAUUGUACGUUGCAAGCGGAAAAAGUGGCGAUAGAUGCGAGAAAACUUUCGUUGAAUAAUACGAACGAGAUUGUUUGUAACGGACAUAACAAAAGCGAACAAAAGGACUUGCAAACGUUACAAGGUGAGAAUACUCGGCACAUGAAGCUCAAACAUCCGCGCGUGAAUCGAAGGGGCAGGAAUAUCAGAGGUCGAUAUCGACACCGAUUAUCGGUGGAAGAACGUUUAAUAGAGGACAAUCGUGCCUAUUACAAAGUGGAAGUGUUGGGUAAUAAGUUGCGAUCGAGUGCGGUUCCAAGCGGCAAUUUCCAACACACAUCGAAAGAUUGUGAGGGCGAGGAGAAGGAGACACCGUCCAACGAAAAGCCAGUGGUAGUGCGGUUUAAGCGCGUAAGAAAGUCCGAAUUAUCAUUGCUGAGCGACGAGGCAGAAUCCUUCAUGUUCGGUGAACCAAAACGAGACGAUUCCAGCGAGCAAACCAGUGAUUGUGAACAGAGUAGCGUAUUGCCAAGAGACACGGAUAGCGAGGCUCACGGAACUAUUAAUUCAUCCAUGUCAUCGAAUUUGUCGUUAAAUUCCAGUCCUAUUAAACAGGAAAUUAUUGAAGAGGACUCGCAGGAUUCUGUAAACGUGAGUAGAGCAAGAAAAAGAAGACGCACGCAGGCUGAAGCAUUCAUCAAGGACAAUACUGAUUACUACAAGUUUGAAACGCCUGGUAGUAGACUAAGGUACCAAGCUCCCAUAACUGGAAUCAAAGACACUGCCGUGGAUGAUGGUAAAGAACAUGGCACGGUGAAGAAACUGACAAAUGAACCGGAAGAUCGCAAAUUGCAGGCCGAUGGCGUUGUCGAGAAAAUUUAUCCGUCCAAGCCAUCAGCAGAGAUCGAAAAGAUGCAAUUCUCCUUUGAGUCGGUACCUAUGUCCGAACCGUGGUAUCAAACGUAUCAGCGUCAAGAUACAGGUUCCGAGUUUUGGCAUUGCUUCAGCGAAUGCGAUGCAAUGAAGCCGUUUCUCUUACCGUACGAGAUUGAAAACUUUCAUGAGACGCUGAUGAAGGCACAGAACAGAAUCGAAAAUGGCAGAAGAAGGGGUCGUGGCCGUGGUAUAGGAUGCAUGGGACGCUCGCCGAGGAAGAGUCCGCGUUGCCAUGCAUCCACUUUGGCUAUUAUGUCUACCAUAAUUCGCAAAAGGGAACAGCAAUCGACUCUAUCUACGAUAGAAGAAUCGCCGCCGGCCAGAUCGCGCGUCAACACACCGAGGCUCGAACAAGCCUCGAAAAAGUCAGAUCUCAAAUUAGAUAUAGACGAGGAAAUAAAAGAGAUAACAAAAACGAUCGACGAGAUGUUGAGUGCAAAAGGUAUGACCGAGUUGGACGACUCGUUUGAGCCUGAUUUGGAUUUGGCACAAACCGAUGGGUUCUGUGAAACGAAGGGCGCACCACUAAAUUUGCUUGAGUUGCUCGACAACUGUCAGGACAUUACUAACUGUCUGGAGAACAACUCAUCGUGUGCUAGCUCGGAAUGUGGUGAGAUAAACGUGGACAUUCCGCUAAAACGACGGAAACGAAGAAAAAAUCGGACUGGUUGGCCGGUUGGUAACAAAAUGAAAAAGAAAAUACAAGUGAAUAGCAAGAUCUUGACAGACUGCGAUCGGGAAUCGUUGAUGGAGAAAAGGCUCUAUCCUGACAGCAGUUUUACCAGAUGUCACAUGUUGGAUACAUCCAACAGAUCAUUGGAAGCUGAUUCUCACGCAGUAACAACGUCGAUGAACAUCGUGUUGCCGAUGGCUGCAGAACGAUUAAGUGCCAGUCAGAGGAACAACACUUUAGAAACUUGCGCAAUGUCUCAUAAAUCGUAUCACGAGGCACUCGCGAAAAGGGACAGAAGUGUAGAGGCUGUUAACAGUGACAACACGGGCCUAUUGGCAAAUACGAACAACUACAUGGAGUCUGUCUCGGAAAAUGUAUGCGAUGAUGGGCCAAUGAACACUACUUAUCUGUCGAGCAAAGAUUAUUUAUGUAGAAAAGAUCUUUCGGAUUCAGGCAACGAUGAGAAUCAUGAAAAUCAGAAAAAUCUGUUUAGCAGAAAGGAUGUCAAUGCAGUUACCGAGAAUUUAGUCUCGAAUUUGGUCACCAAGACAUCAUCCAUCAGGAAGCAACGACAACGCGAGCAUGUCAGCAAUGCCGAUGGCUGCGAGUCGCGGGAUACGGAGAUCGAGAAUCAGAACAAUCUACAGUUGCAGUGUAGAAAGGAGGAAACCGGUAUAGUUCCUAAGAAACACCACAAUUCUAGUUCCGAGUUGUCGUCGAAGCGGCAAUUGCGCGGCGGCACCUGCGAGGAAAACUCGUCUGACACGGGAGAAUUGUUGAAACGUCGUCGUGGUAUCGUGUUUGCCACAACGAGGCGCGGUCGAAUGGGCUCACGAAAACGGAUUUACUCCAAAAAACGUCAGUCGAGAACGGUUCGCAAUAAUACCAAUCUGUCGUCGCCCGAUCGCGUCGGAAUGGUAUAUGAAAACGAGAAUUGUAAAAAGGAUGCCUAUUUGAGUAUUACGUGUAAUAAGAAACAGUCACCAGGGAUGCGCGGUGUAAAACGCAAAAGCGAAGCCAUUUCGUCAUCGGACAAUAUUCAGGAGUCGUCUGAUUCGAUGAUGGAUCAAUGCGCCUUGUCAGAACGCAUUAGUCCGUCGAUAAUAUCAUCCACUGAGCUUGAGCAGCGUCGUUCAAGCAUUGAAUUUCAACCAGUUGUACGAAUGAUGAAGCUCGAUGACCAAGUGGACAUGGAUCAUAAUAUACUGUCAACGGUGACGGUAGCGAGCAACCGACGAUUAAGAAGUUCCGGCAGUUCGCCACGAUCGAACCCCAAGCCGCCGAGAAAACGUGUCAAGUCCAGCCGCGGACACUUUGGACGGUGGUUGAAGAACAGCUGAAGACCUGGAGAACGAAAAUGCAGAAGAAAGAGGCUGUACUUCGGCUUAGAUUUCAAUGAUGGUGGUCAGUUGUCGAUCUCACGAUCCGAUAUCUCGUCAAGCUGCAGUGUACAUU